AUGACGAUCUCGCCUAAGACCUCAACUCCACUUCAACAGCGUGCCCGGAAUCUGGAGCCUCUUCAACUGAAGCCAUUUUGCAUUGAUCCGCUGCUAUCGCCUCGACAAGUUCAUCUGAACAGUUUCAGAGCUCAUGGUGGAGAUGAUAGCGCUUAUGAUUCGCUGUAUGAUCCUCUGCUGCCUAGAAGUUUGUUGGGAACGCCGAAGAGUGUGGACAAACCUAAUUGUAGCUUUUCUUCACAGUUGAGUCAAUUGUCGGUGGAUGCGGCUCAAAGUAGGUUUUUUGGGAUAUUUUGAUGGUUGUAGGAUAAUAUCGGGUCAAAUGAAGGGGUUACCAAGGUUAAAGCAAGGUUAUUUAUAUAUUAGUUAAUGUUACAGAUAGGAUGUGAUGUAUUAAAGUUAAUUUAAAGGUAAAGCUAGGGCUUAAUUUGUAUUUAUUAGCUAUUUUGUACACACAAGUUAUGGAUAAUAUAACUUUUAGAUCCUGUAUAUUUACCGGGAAUAUUUUUGAGCAAAAGGAAUUUCAGUAGAAGGACUAGGUAUUACUGAACCUAUUGAGCUCAAUUUGGAUGUUUUCUGGCUGUUACACACGAAGUUAUAAUAAUUUUUAACAUGUCUAUCUCAUGGAUAAUAUAAUUUUUAAAAGUUUAUAAAAAUUCUAUUUCAGCUCCACCCGAACUUGCCUGUGGCUUGUGCCAAAGAAUCUACAUCGACCCACGUGUUCUGGCUUGUUUUCACAGCUUUUGUAAGGAAUGUCUAGAACAACAUGCAGCUGGAAUGUCCAGAGUCAACUGUCCUUCAUGUAACGGCAGGACUCAGCUUUCACAACUUGGAGUUUCUGGUUUACUGGUUGAUUACGCUUUGAAUAAUGCUGUGAAACUGCACGAGAAAAGCGUGGGUACGUUUUUGAGUUUUUGGUGACUUUAGGCUUUGAUUUUGGUCUUUAAAGGCUUUGGGGUUGGUUUCUAAAGGUGCUGUCUUUGCUUUUUUGAUCUUUUCUUGCUUUUACAUUCCUAAAACAAUGUGUUUUAUGAUUUCAGAUGGUCAGCUAGACCCCUACGAACCAGACGAUGCGAACACGAAGAACUGCAGCUGCCUUGAGCAUCGCAACCGCCCACUACAAUAUUAUUGUCUGUCUUGUAACUUUGCUGUUUGUCAAGAAUGCACAUUAAAAGAACACCCAAGACCUAUGCAUUUGCUUGAACUGAUCGAGAAUGCCGCUCAUUCUCAAGUUUCUUCAAUCAGAAACCUCAUUGAUGAAGUCUUGGUAAAGCACGAUGAGUUACGAACGGCGUUCCAACAGGUGGAAACGACUCAACGAAGAGUCAAUACCUCUUUGAAUCAAGCUCAUGCCAAGCUGAGGGAGGCUGUGAACAGGAUGAUUCAGGUCAUUCAGGAUGCGAAUGAUUGUCUUCAGAAGGAUCUGGAUGCUACUUAUGUUAAUCGACAGGUAAAGAGUUUUUGGAUGGGUUGAAAACUUUGAAAUUGGUAUUUUAAGGAAGAUAUUGAUCUUGGGGAUGAUUUUGAUUGAAAAAGUUAUUGAAUUUAUGCUAAAUUUUGAUGUAAUGGCUUGAUUUUGUCGACCAGCCUACGAUAAGGUCAUGAUGAAUAUAUAAAACAGUUUUUUUUGGAAAUUCAGCUUUAAGGUUCUAAAAAAAACUUAAAGCAUUAGCUUGUGUAUUGUAUUGUACGUUUUUUAAGUUGAAAAUAUAAGCAGUAAACUUAAUAUCCUACUCUUAAUUCAAAUUAUUUCAGGAGCAGAUCGUCCACAUUAGUCGUGGAGUCCAAAAAAUGACCGGUAAGAUCUCGGAAACGGUCAAAUUUGCCGAAAGACUACUAAAAUAUGGUCACUCAACUGAAGUCCUCGUCUUCAAACCUCUAUUGGAAGCACGUCUACGAGGAUUCCUCACGUUCAACGCCGAAACCGAGAUGAUCCUAAGCGGAAAUAUGGAAAUCGAACAACCUCGACUUGAACUAUCUCAAGUCGUUCAAGCUCUAACCUCACUGAGCUUGAGUGUACGCCCUGACAGUUGGAAUCACGCAGAUGCUUGCCAUUCCCAAACCAGUGGUGCUCUCCUACCUCAACAUUUGCAACGAACUCACUCGAGUCAACAGCUGGGAAGGAACAACUCCAACUUCAAUGCGGCUUUGCCUAUUCUACAGUCCAAGUUGACUUCAAGUUCAGUUCAGAACCUGACUUACAUUGACAAUACUCUGAGGAACAGUGGGUUGAUGGAGAACAGUGAGGAGAGGGAUGGUGGAAGAGCGAAUGCAGGAGGAAUGUCGAGCUACUCAUCAAUGUUGGAUUUGUCAUCCAAUUCUGGAGGUGGGUGGGGAGAGGGGCUUUUUGGAUGUGGUUAUGAUAGGGUAGGGGAGGUUUUGGGGGUGGUAAUUUAAAAAAAGUAAAAAUUUUUUUUUUCCAAUUAAAAUUUUUUUUUUAAUUUUUAAAAAUGUUAUUUUUUAGCCUUAGCCUCCCAAACAGACCUCAACGCCCGCCUCAUGGGCGUCUACGGAGCCACCAAAGCCUUAUCAGCGGCAAGAAGAGAACGCAUGAUUUACUACCACAAGUUUGGCGAGUUCGGAAUCCAACAAGGCCAAUUCACCGAGCCUUCGGGCGUGGCAGUAACCGCCCAAGACGAAAUUGUCGUAGCCGACACCAACAAUCAUCGUAUCCAAGUCUUUGACCGAGACGGCAACUUCAAGUUCAUGUUCGGCGAGUGCGGCAAAAGAGAUGGCCAACUUCUGUACCCGAAUCGUGUAGCCGUCAACAAACUGACUGGAGAGUUCAUCGUGACUGAGAGAUCCCCGACACACCAGAUUCAGGUUUUCAAUCAGUAUGGACACUUUUUGAGGAAAUUUGGAGCCAAUAUUCUUCAGCACCCAAGAGGAGUUUGUGUGGAUUACCGUGGAAGAAUCGUGGUUGUGGAGUGCAAGGUAGGGGGUUUUUGGUUUAUUAUUAGGGGGUGGUUUUUGAAAUUUUGAAUUUUUUUUUAAUUUUUUGGAAAUUUUAGACUACAGGUGGGAUUUACGUUUUAAAUUUCAGAAAAAAAAUUUUUGGGGGGGGAAAUUUUUUUAAAAAUUGUUGGGGGUGGAUUUUUUUAAAAAAAUUCACAAAGAAGCAAGUUCAAUUAAAAAUAAGCAAUUUUUUAAUUUUUUGGGUGUGGUAAAUUUCAGGGUGGAUUUGAUUUUUUAUAUUUUUACUUUUUUUAAAUUUUAAAUGUUUAUGAAAAUAAGAAUUUUUAGAAACAUUUUAAAAUUUCUAGGUCAUGCGUGUGAUCAUUUUCGACACCUACGGCAACAUCCUCCACAAAUUCCUCUGCUCACGUUACCUCGAAUUCCCGAACGCCGUGGCAACGAAUGACAAGGAUCAGCUCUUCAUCUCGGAUAACCGUGCCCACUGCAUCAAGGUCUUCAAUUACAAUGGCCAGUUCUUGCAUCAAAUUGGCGGUGAAGGCAUCACCAACUACCCAAUCGGAAUGGGCAUCACUGCCAACGGAGAAAUUGUUGUGGCCGACAAUCACAACAACUUCAACUUGACUGUCUUUAAUCAGGUAAGGAGGGGGAAGGAGAGUAGGGUGAGGGAAAGAAGGUAGGGUAUCGGGGAAAGUUGUUAGGGCUUUAUGUGGUUUAUUAAAAUUUAAUUUUUGGAUAAUUUUAUGUUUUUUUCAGAAUGGCGAGCUGAUCUCAGCGAUGGAAAGCCGCGUCAAACACGCUCAAUGUUUUGACGUCUGCCUUCUGGAUGGGAACACGAUCGUACUGGCUUCGAAAGACUACCGUCUCUACCUCUACCGAUUCACCACAAAGAAACUGGAUCGAGCUUUGGAUGAAUCUGUUUCUUCAUUGUAG